UUAUACAGACAACAGUGUAAAGCUUCUUUCCUUCAAAUCAAAUCUGAACUGUCAAGAAUAUCAACAAAAUCAACACCACCUUAUAAGGCCCCAUUAAGAUUUUCAGACUACCCAGAACCGUAAACAGCUGCAAUGGCGGGGGAGGGGUUCAGAGGCAGAAUUCUCGGGAAAUUUCAGCAGUUGAAGCCUCACAUUCUCAUGGUUCUGGCUCAGCUGGCCUACACUUUCCUCUACAUCGUAACCCAGGCUUCCUUCAACCAUGGCAUGAACCCUCAUGUCUAUGUUACUUACCGACAUAUCGUUGCUGGUUUCGUGUUUCUGCCUUUUGCAUACUUUCUUGAAAGAACAAAAAGGCCAAAAAUGACGUUAGCUAUCUUCCUAGAGAUCUUCGUUCUCUCGCUUCUGGGAGUGAGCUUGACUCUGAAUAUGUAUUUUGUGAGCUUAAACUACACUUCUCCGACUUUCAUUGCCUCUGUUGUCAACGCCAUGGCUGCCAUAACAUUUGUAAUGGCAAUCGUUCUCAGAUUGGAAGUGGUUGAUAUACGCAGUCCUCGAGGGAUUGCAAAGGUUCUAGGGACUUUGGUUUCGCUGGCUGGAAUGAUGAUUAUGACACUAUACAAGGGACCUGUCCUGAAAAACCUAGGGCACCCUCCCAUCUCCAUUAGUAAAGGGAACACAACUAUUCAAGAAAACUGGGUGAAAGGCUCGGUUUUAACUGUUGCUAGCUGUAUAUCAUGGUCUAUAUGGUUUAUAAUGCAGGCUUUCGCAUUGAGAAGAUAUCCAGCACAGUUAUCGCUGACUACUUGGAUGAGUUUGGUCGGAGCAGCACAAUCUGCAGCGUAUACAGUAAUUGUGCAGCACAAAAAAGCUGCUUGGACCAUUGGCUUCAACAUUGAUCUUUGGUCCACCAUUUAUGGAGGGGUCGUGAUUUCUGGUAUAGUGGUCUACGUUCAACUCUGGUGCACAGAGCAAAAGGGACCGGUUUUCGUUACAAUGUUCAAUCCUCUGUCAACAAUCUUGGUCGCGGUUCUGUCAUAUUUCGUCCUGGGAGAAAAGCUAUAUACUGGCAGCAUCAUAGGUGCAGUGAUUGUGAUAGUUGGUCUCUACUUGCUACUCUGGGGAAAAGAACACGAUCAAGAAGCAGAAAUGAAGGUGAAAGAGCAAUCUGAAGAAAUCCCAGCAGAAAAUUAUGGAGACUCGAAGAGACAGCUUAUACCUGAUCUGAAUGUCGGAACAGCAGAACCAUAGAAUGUAUCGAUGUAGAAAUUAACAUUAAAAUGACCCGAAACAACAAAUGUAAACUUAAAGUAGUAAAGCAGGUACCUUUGCAGAAAGACAACUCGAGUCAAGCCUGCCAGGCAAUCCUUUAAGUCCUUGUAUUAUUGUUCUUCCCUGAAAAUGGAUAUCUGGAUCGGAACAGCUUCCAAAUACUCAAAACUGGCAAGUCAAGAUAUGCCAUGAUACGUAAUGUCAGGCUAGGAUGGAAAAGAGAACACGAUAAAAGCACACAGACAGAAAAAGGGCAAAAAUGAAGUUUGAGACCAAAAGUACUGCAAAUUAAAUUCACUUGCAUCUAAAACAAUCAUGUCCAAAUACAUGUACGAUGUACCUGUACCAGAAAUUUAAAAAAAAAAAAAAAAAAAAAAAAACCCCAAAGGAAAGAGCGGGGUUAGAGACAAGCCCAACUCGAUAUUGGAAGCAUUACCAAUAUUUA